CACUGUGUCCCCCUUUUGAAUGCAGUUUGAAGCCUUCUGUGCGGGCGGCCUGGCCCCUGGCUGGAGCCUGUUGGUCCAGGGACACUCUGACUCUGGAGAGGACAAGUUUGAGAUCAACUUCCUGUCCGAGGCGGGGGACAUCGCCUUCCACCUCAAGCCCCGGUUCUCCAGCGCCACCGUGGUGGGCAACACCUUCCAGGGUGGCCGCUGGGGCCAGGAGGAGGUGUCCAGCGUCUUCCCACUGGUGCUGGGGGAGCCCUUUGAGAUGGAGGUCAGCUCAGACGCAGAGCACUUCCACGUCCACGCCCAGGAGCACAAGGUGCUACAGUUUGCGCACCGCCACAGGCCGCUGGCUGCCAUCACCCGGGUGCAGGUGCUGAGUGACCACCGCCUGGCCCAGGUGGAGCUGGCCAGAAGGGACCUGAGCUGGUGGGACGGGGGCCACUGAGCUGUGCCCGAAGUCCCCAGAGGGAGCCUGGGCCAUCAACCAUUCCUUGUCCAGUGGAGCCCACCAGGGAGCUGAGGGGAGGGGGCUGUGGUUCUCACUCUACCUUCAAUAAAGUUUGAGCAGGCU